AUGAGCAUGGACGCAGCGGCGCUCAGCGCUGCAAUCAAAGAGAUGCAGGAAGCAAAUACCGCCGGCAAGAGCGACGACGUGGUGCGCCUCCUCAAGAAGUUCAAGACGGACGUUGUGGCUACUGAGGAUCUUUUGCGCCAAUCACGCGCCGGAAUCGCGAUCGGCAAGCUGAGAUCGCACAGCACACCAGCGAUCUCUGCGCUGGCCAAGGACGUCGUCAAGUUGUGGAAGGAGCAGGUGGAUGAGAACAAGCGGAAGCGGAAGCGUGACGACGAGGGCGCGCCGGAGGCGAAGAAGGCCAAGGCUAGCUCGGGCGAGCCAUCAAAGUCUCCUGCCGUGAAGAGCCCGUCGUCAAAGCCCGCCAGCAAGGGCAAGGAGGAGAAGAAGGAGGAGAAGAAGGAGGAGAGCGCGGACUCGGGCGAGCGGGAAAAGAGCAAAACGCCUGAGACGCUCGUCACGAUCGAACAUGGCCGCACGACGCCACGUACGGCCAAGUCGGACGGUGUGGACAAGACUCUCAAGAGCGACAACACCGAGGCCGCGAGCGAGGACGUGCGCGACCGCUGCGUUGUCAUGAUCUACGAUGCGCUCGCGAGCGACUCGAAUGCGUCCACAAAGACGCUGUCGCAGUGCGCCGUCGCCAUCGAGCGCGAGUGCUGCAAGCUCAUGAACUUUGACACGGGCAAGGCGUACCGCGCAAAAAUCCGCACGCUGUUCCUUAACCUUAAGGAUAAGGGGAAUCCGGCGCUGCGUAACGAGAUCGUGCUGGGUGUCAUGACGCCGGAUCGCGUCGUGCGGUUGACGAAGGAGGAGAUGGCGAGCGAGUCGAUGAAGGCCAUGAAUGAGCGCAUCCAGGAGCAGAACCUCUUCAACUCGAAGGGUGUUGGCGAGGUUCAGGCCGAAACAGACUCGUUCAAGUGCGGCCGCUGUGGACAGCGCAAGUGUGUCUACUUCCAGAUGCAGACACGCUCGGCCGACGAACCGAUGACUGUGAGUUGA